GCUCACUCCUCCGGAGCAAACUUCAAUAGUUAAAAUGACCGAUCAUGGCAAUGGAGGGACGCUACGCUAACUGGCCGCUGAUCCUGGUGCUGUGUGGCCUGCUGCCAUUAGACGUGCAAGCUGGCAGGCAGAUGCCCAAACUUUCUGACAAGAAGCUGUGCGCCGAUGCAGAAUGCAGCCAUCCUAUCCUCAUUGCUAGAGCCCUCCAGGAUUACUAUCCCCAAGAUUGUCGCUUCAUUCCUAUCCGCCAAGGCCAGCUCGUCUAUGUGUAUGCCAUGCUGAAGGACCAGGGAAACCUCUUUUGGGCAGGCAGUGUCCAGGGGUCCUACUACAGUGAGCAGGAGGCCCGGCUAGGCCACUUCCCCAGCAGCGUUGUUGAAGAGACCCAUGCUUUAAUGCCUGCUGAAGUUGUGGUCCCAACGGAUAAAUGGGAUUUCUACUGUCACUGAGACUCCGACACCAUUCAAGGCGAGAUUCACCCGUGAACCAGUGAACAUGGCUGCAUCCUUCACUUGCACUUUACAUGAUCUGCUGUAGGUCUUCUAGCAAGCAAUGCAACCCAUCAUACAGGCCAUUUGGUCAGCAAGAAUGCAUUCACUCACAGACUCACAUAAAAUAAACAAAUGAAACAGCUUAGCACAGAAAGUAGGUAAA